AGCCGGACGCCUCGGGCGCGGACGAUGGGGGCGACAGCAGCGACCACGACUUCGAGAUGGUGGAUUUGAACGAGAAAUUCGUCCUAGGCCACUUGCUCGUGGCCCCCUGCCGGCUCGGGCCCCUGGAUGACGCCGAAAAGCCGGCGCGGGCGAGCAGCCCCCAUCGCUGGAUGCACCUGAUCCCCGGGGGCCGGCGGCAGCAGCGCAGGAGCCGGGACCUGGAGCAGCUGGAGUCGGAGGCCAAGGACGGGCGGGGCUCGCCCACGGCUUCCGAGGAGGCCCCCCGGCGCGGGGCCCGGGAGCACCUCCCCCUGUGGCGGCGCAAGAGGUUCCUGAGGGUGCCCGAGCGGGACUCCCCCAGCCACAGCUCGCCCGAGAGGGGCAGCGACUGCAGCUCGGACCGCGAAGACUGCUCCUCUGCAGCCCCAGAGUGUCAUAGUGCCUGGGAGAUAGAAAAUGCUCAAUAA